CCACAAAUAUGUGGAGCAAAACGAGAAGAAAAACAAAGAAACUCCUUCGAUUCUUGAAGAGUACACAGCAGCAAACAAGAAAAUUAAAGUGGCUAUUUUUGAAAAGCCAUUGUUACAAGAAAAUUAAGAAGCAAAGAAACAGGUUAUUUUCUGCUUGAGUUAGGAAAAGCUGAGUUGCUUUCUUUGUGGUCUUUUUAUAAUCUUUUACAUAACAGGAAGUAGGUAUUUUCUUGAAAGUUGAUUUAGACUCUAGUGGGAAUCUACUAGGAGUAUUUUUUUUAUUUUUUAUUUUUUAUAAAUUAAGCAGAGGAGGGAAGGAAACAGAAAACAGAAAGUAAGACAAAAAAACCUUGGAAUUGUUUUAGACAACCAAGGUUUUGUUGUUCAGAAUGUCUGUUGCCUUGUUAUGGGUUGUUUCACCUUGUGAGGUCUCAAAUGGGACAGGAUUCUUGGAUUCAGUAAGGGAGGGAAACCGGGUUUUUGACUCGUCGAGGCAUAGGAAUUUAGUGUGCAAUGAGAGAAUCAAAAGAGGUGUGAAACAAAGGUGGAAUUUUGGUUCUGUACGGUCUGCGAUGGUGGCUACACCAACGGGAGAAAUGGCGACAAUGACAUCAGAACAGAAGGUUUAUGAUGUGGUAUUGAAACAAGCAGCUUUAGUGAAAAGGCAGCUGAGAUCUACUGAUGAUUUAGAAGUGAAGCCGGAGAUCCCUCUCCCCGGGAAUUUGAGCUUGUUAAGUGAAGCAUAUGAUAGGUGUAGUGAAGUAUGCGCAGAGUAUGCAAAGACAUUUUACUUAGGAACUAUGCUAAUGACUCCAGAGAGAAGAAGGGCUAUUUGGGCAAUAUAUGUAUGGUGCAGGAGAACAGAUGAACUUGUUGAUGGCCCGAAUGCAUCACAUAUUACUCCACAAGCCUUAGAUAGGUGGGAAGACCGGCUGGAAGAUGUUUUCAGUGGGCGGCCAUUUGAUAUGCUCGAUGCUGCUUUGUCCGAUACUGUUUCCCAGUUUCCAGUUGAUAUUCAGCCGUUCAGAGAUAUGAUUGAAGGAAUGCGUAUGGACUUGAGGAAGUCAAGAUACAGAAACUUUGAUGAGCUAUACCUAUAUUGUUAUUACGUUGCUGGUACGGUUGGGUUGAUGAGUGUUCCAAUUAUGGGUAUUGCACCUGAUUCAAAGGCAACAACAGAGAGUGUAUAUAAUGCAGCUUUGGCUUUAGGGAUCGCAAAUCAACUAACCAACAUACUCAGAGAUGUCGGAGAAGAUGCCAGAAGAGGAAGAGUCUACUUACCUCAAGAUGAGUUAGCACAGGCAGGUCUCUCCGACAAUGACAUUUUUGCUGGAAAAGUGACUGAUAAAUGGAGAAGCUUUAUGAAGAAGCAAAUCCAGAGGGCAAGAAAAUUCUUCGACGAGGCAGAGGAAGGAGUGACACAACUGAGCUCAGCUAGUAGAUGGCCUGUAAGCAGGUAUGGGCAUCUUUGCUGUUGUACCGCCAGAUACUCGACGAGAUUGAAGCCAAUGACUACAACAACUUCACAAGGAGAGCUUAUGUGAGCAAACCAAAGAAGCUAAUUUCCUUACCUAUUGCUUAUGCAAAAUCUCUUGUGCCCCCUACAAGAACUCUUGUCACCUCUAGCUAAGGCAUAGACAUCAGAAUUAAAUUAAAGCAAGAAAGCAUAUAUUAUUAUUAUUAUACUGUUAAAAGGAAAGAAUUUGUAAAGUAGAUAUUGUUGUAUUGAUGUCACUGGUAUAUCAUCAAAAGUAGGUAGUAAAAUCCAAUAUAACAAUUUAUAGUAGUUGUAUCUUCACAAUCUUAAACCCUUUGAGGGACAUUCUUUUUGGUUCAUUGGAAAAAAAUUGUUGACUCCA